AUGGUGACCACAAGAAACAAAAACUAUACCUACGACAACGUCCCCCAGGAACAAGGCCGAAUGGGGGCAGCAACAGAGUCACUCGAUGAUCGGCGAGCAAGGCAGGCGCACCUUCUCCUUUCGAAGCACUACGAGCCCGUCAUCUCUGAGGUACUCAACGAAGAAAUACCCAAGUACAAGAAUGGCACUACCAUCAGUGCAACAGACCGUGUGAAGUAUAUACGAGAAUGCGCGCGAAUACUCGCUUCAGAACCGCCCAUACUGCUAGCGGCAGUCGACGGCGACUUGGUGCGCCGCAUGCGGACUGAUCCUGAUUUGAAGCGAGAAUACGACCUCAUCUGCAAGAAUGCAGCAAAGCAGCCGUCCAUAUACAUACACCAAUUCGCAGACCUGAAUGGUAUUCCACCUACUCCUAAUCAAAUGCUCAUCAUCUGUAAUUGGAUAGCCGACUACGUAGCCGAUAAUCUGGCAGAAGGCAAAUCUUACGAGCACUUCUGGCAAAUAGACAACGUCUCACCGGGAAGACCGCUGAUUGCCCGGCAAAACUCUGCCAAAGGCUACCGUAAGUAUCUCUACACGACACAUUCCAGUCGAUCAAAGAAGCGUGUCGGUACCCUCGAACUUUUCUGUCAAGGUACCCAGAAACGUUGGCAGGAGACGUCAGCAUCACUACGCGAUACACCCCUUCGAUAUCCUCUUGGGGAGUGUGGAUAUUCUGAAAACUCGGAAAAUCGCCUGAAAGAGCACCGGCAACGGAAGUCAUCCAACUACAUAAUGAACCUAGUCGAGGACAUAUCCACCCACCUCCACAACAUCGGCAUAUUUGAACAACACUUCACAAUGCACCAGUAUAUUGUCUAUCUCAUCGACCGACGGGAACAAGUAGAGAUUGCGGAGAUCUUUUGCUCCGCAUUACUUCGAGUGUGGGUGAGUAGCGGCGGUGGUUUCAACUCGUACCCUGCUGGGCUUAGCGUCAACUCUUCGAAGAAGGUCAGCAAUAUAGACUGGGCUUCGUACGAGAUGAACACCACCUUGCACUCCCCCAUCGCCGAAAACAUGAGGAUGCAGCAGCUCAGAGCAGAUGAAUACCGACAAGCACUGGAGUGGACAAAUGACAACACUGUAGACUCGGAGACGAGAGAGCCAGCAAGCCAAGAAGAAGAGUGCAUUGACCUGUAUGGCCACUCUUUCAUAUCAAACCAGAAAGACCGUAUCUCGCUACCAAACACGACGAUCGGGUGCAAUGCAGGCAAAUCUGCAACGUCGCUUCUCGAAGGCCACUAUCUCAACCUCCUGCAUUAA